AUGCUUGGACCCGAGCUUUCAAUGGAUGCUCCAAGGAUUUAUCGUGUGUCGACAGCCGAUCCGAUAACGCUGUUUGGAUUAUGUCGCGAAUCGAUGCCCCAUUUCUUGAGCCGAUUCUCCGCUUUGCAUCCAGAGCAAUCGAUUUUUGGAGCGUUCAUCGAUCACCUUCGUCAUGUGCAUUUCACUUCAAAUGCCCUCUUGACGGUGCUCGUCUUGGCCGUUCUGUUCACCGUUUUUCGCUACAUUUUGCAAUAUGCCACAAAAUCAUGGGUUCGUCAUCAUCACGUGAGUCCCCUGUAUUCGCAUAAAAUUGCCGAAGCUGUUUGGAAGUUGGCCUACUAUGGCUCGGCGUGGCUUUUCGCGCUUUUCAUUCAUUACAACGAGUUGCCCACUUUCUCCGAUCCGCUCUCAAUGUGGGAUGACUGGAAAAAUGGCACUAAGCCGGCUUACAAACCGCCUGUCGUCGUUCUCUACGCAAUACAGACCGGCUUCUACACUCACUCUUUAUGGGCCACUUUGUACAUGGAUCAAUGGAGAUCCGAUUCGAUUAUCAUGCUCGUGCAUCACUUUGUCGCCAUCGCUUUACUAGCUUUAUCCUACGUGGACAAUUACACUCUUGCUGGAGCACUCGUUUUUCUUCUACAAGAUAAUUCGGAUGCGAUACUCGAGAUUGCAAAACUCUGUGUUUACUUGAAAAAGCGCACAAAUGGUGACUUUUACCCGUCGCUUGAUUUAGCCGGAAAAGUGAUUCUCCAAAUUUUCGGAAUAGUUUGGAUGAUUUUUCGACUCUAUUGGUUUCCAUGCAAAUUGUUAUACGCUUGUCUAUAUGGCGGGGUUUAUCUCGGGCCACAGGAUUCUCCAGUCUUUUCGAUCAUCGGCUCACUCUUGAUAUUGCUUUAUUUUCUCAAUGUUUUCUGGUUUAAU